GGGGAGGCGGGGCGGGACCAGCCCCAGGACCGCAGGCAGCGCAGAGGCCUCUGGGAAAUAGGAAGUCGGGAGCACCUCUGGCCACACCUCUUGUUGCCCCUCCGAGCUCUGAGCCCCUGCGCGCUCCGGCCCCCUCGGCCCCCUCGGAGAGUCCUGCUGCCGGCCAGGGGGAGCCUGGAGCCAGAAGGGAUGGCCUUUGAGAGGGACAGACUCCCAGGCCAGGAGGCCGUGACGUUCCAGGAUGUGGCUGUGGACUUCACUCGAGAGGAGUGGCGCCUCUUGUCUCCUCCCCAGAAGGAGCUGUACAGGGAGGUGAUGCUGGAGAAUGUCCGGAACCUGCUCUCUGUGGGGCUUCCAGCUUCCCCAGAAGAUGUGCUCUCUUCUUUGGAGCAGAAGGAAGCCCCUUGGAUGCUGGAGCAAGAAGGCCUGAGGAGCUGCUGCCCAGAAGGAGAAGUCAGACCUAAAAUGAAGGCAACUCCCACAGAGGCGAGCCUUUCUGUGGAAGAAACAGAUCAACAAAGAUUCCUGAGUGAGAAUCCUGAUAACUUAUCUUGGAAAGAAUUCUGUGUUGGAUCUCAAAACUUAUCCCUUAUUGAACAUCAAAGAAUGCACACUGAAGAAAAAUCUAUUGAAAGUAAUCAAUACAGAAUGACUUUUAUGCACAGGAUCAGUCUUGCUCAUCAUCAAAGAAUCCACCCUGGUGAGAAACCUUAUGAAUGUAAUCAAUGUAGAAAGACAUUCUAUCUAAGUUCCCAUCAGAGAAUCCAUACUAGAGACAAACCUUAUGAAUGCAAGCAAUGUGGAAAGAUAUUUAGUGGGAACUGCAAGCUGGCUGAACAUCAGAGAAUCCACACUGGUGAGAAACCUUAUAAAUGCAAGCAGUGUGGAAAGACAUUCAGUCAGAGCUCCAAUCUUGCUCAACAUCAGAGAAUCCACACUGGUGAGAAACCUUAUGAAUGUAAUCAGUGUGGAAGGACAUUCAGACAGAGCUCUAGUCUUGCUAAACAUCAGAGAAUCCACUCUGGUGAGAAACUUUAUGAAUGCAAACAAUGUGGAAAGGCAUUCAGACACAGCUCCAGUCUUGCUCAACAUCAGAGAAUCCACACUGGUGAGAAACCUUAUGAAUGUAAUCAGUGUGGAAGGACAUUCAGUCAGAGCUCUAGUCUUGCUAAACAUCAGAGAAUCCACACAGGUGAGAAACCUUAUGUAUGCAAGCAAUGUGGAAAGACAUUCAGACGGAGCUACUCUCUUGCUGUACAUCAGAGAAUUCACACUGGUGAGAAACUUUAUGAAUGCAAGGAAUGUGGAAAGACAUUCAGUCAGAGCUCUGGUCUUGCUCAACAUCAGAGAACCCACUCUGGUGAGAAACUUUAUAAAUGCAAGCAAUGUGGAAAGACAUUCAGUGGGAGCUCUUGUCUUGCUAAACAUCAGCGAAUCCACACUGGUGAGAAACCUUAUGAAUGCAAGCAGUGUAGAAAGACAUUCAGACACAGUUCUAGUCUUGCUGUACAUCAGAGAAUCCACACUGGUGAGAAACCUUAUGAAUGCAAGGAGUGUGGAAAGACAUUCAGUCAGAGCUCCAGUCUUGUUAAACAUCAGAGAAUCCACUCUGGUGAGAAAUGCUAUGAAUGCAAGCAAUGUGGAAAGAUAUUCAGUGGGAGCUGCAAGCUUGCUCGACAUCAAGGAAUUCACACUGGUGAAAAACCUUAUGAAUGCAAGCAAUGUGGAAAGACAUUCAGACAGAGCUCCAAUCUUGCUGUACAUCAGAGAAUCCAUACUGGAGAGAGACCUUAUGAAUGCAAUCAAUGUGGAAAAACAUUCAAACAGAACUCCCAUCUUGCUGUACAUCAGAGAGUUCACACGGGGGGAGAAACCUUAUGAAUGUAUCAUGUGGAGAUCAACUCUUGCUUAACAUCAGAGAAACCAGACAUUCACACAGAGCUCUCAUCUUCAAAACCAGAUAGUUCAGUCUAGUUUGUCAUAAACUAAAAUUAGGUCAAAAUGGAUCUAAAUCAUGAUACCAUAAGCAGAUUAAAUGAGCAUACAUUUAAAUGAGUUUAUGUUUUAGAACAUUUUUUUGAUGAGGGAAGAAUUUAUGACCAAGCAAGAAAUAGAUAACAUUAAGAUAUGUAACAGAGAUAAUUUCAGUAUGUUAAAUUCAAAAAUGUUUGUACAAAUAAAACCAGUGCAACCAAGGUCAAAA